AUGGCUGAACUCACGGAAAACAACGAGACGCCAACCAAAAUUUCGGCAAGAAAUCCUGUUUGUAGGCUUUGUUGCGAAUCUAAAGAAGGCCGGCAUGUAAUCAAAAUAUUUAGUAAAACUGGUUUAAGUCAAGAACUUUGUCAGAAAGUGGAACUUUCGUGUGGAAUAAGUGUGAUUGAGAACGAUACGAAGUUGAAGGUAUUAUGUAGAUCACGGCUUUACCCUCCAAAAGUUAAGUAGUGUCAACCCGGAGCGUCGAACGCAAUACUUUAUGUUAUACAAAAUAUAGUGUCUUCAGCCCCUUCAGCCCCUUUAGCCCGUUGAGAACAUUAUUUUCCCGAGGACGUCAAAGAGUCUUCAACAGAACCCUCAAACCCGUCGGGCAAGUCGAGGCACGCCCACUGUUCCGUAACUGUCAACUUCUUAUGGAAAACAGUUUCGAUAAGAAAAUAUGACUUUACCAAAAUCUGUGUCCGGCAAGCGGGCGUUGAUCACCAUGCAAAAAAGCGGUGAUGAAAAUUUCAAGUGGGCGGUGACGCGUGUGUUAAAUCUCGUCGAAAGAGGAUCCGGAAGGAUUACAAAGAUACUUCGUUCCCAGGUAGAGGAACUGAACUGGGAAAACAUUAAGUUCCCAACACCGCCGGAGAACAUCCGUAUGUUCGUGGACGAGGUUAGGAAAUUUUUUUUUUUCUCCACCUAAUAAAUGGUAGAUAGUAACAAAAGUAGUCCGGUCUUGGAUUACAUAUUAGAAUUUAACGAACGGAUGAGGGCAAAUGCCCUCGAAUUAUUUCGCGAGGGAAAGUCGGUGAGAACGGAGGAAGAGAUCAACGACCGUACGACGAAUACGCGAGGAAAGAAAAGAGGAGGAUUAUCGGAAAAGGUAUUAAAUCCACAUCGAAAGAAUUUAACGAUCGUCGUCGACAGAACGAGCGUAAACUCCGCGACGAAAAGACGUGGGAGAAAGACAUCGCGAGGGAGAAGAAGAAGCGUCAUAAAGAAGUGUCUCGUUGGAAAACUAAGGCCCAAAAAUGGAAGAAGGAAACCAAAGACUUCGUCGCAACGAAAAGGCACGCGAAAAGUAUGCAGAAAAGAGAAAGCGUAAGAUCAUGUCGGGCGAAUUAGAAAUUCGCGGCGAGGAUUUUACACCCGUCUUGGACAAACACGCGUUCGGAAUGAGGGUUAAAAAGUACACGAUCACGCCGAAGGGAGAAGACGAACCGCAGUAUUUUCUGGACGUGGUGGGAAGACACGUGUGCGAACUCGUGGAUUCUGUGAAGAGGUAUAAGAAUGUAAGCGUGAGUUUAUUCUGCGACAUGAUGAAAAUCAAUAAGAUAACGGGAGUGGUUACGGAGGAUGCCGCUCAUUUUUCAUCGAAAAACUAUAAGAUUACGGGAAUAAGUUUGACGGACGGAAUUUGGGAUGAAAUGAAAGGGAAGAUUUUAGAGUCAUUUUCAAAAUAUCAGAAAAAUGGGAGCGAAUGGAUGUUAAAAAGAUUAAUCCGACUGGAUAUUAAUAUUGGAGAAUACGAUCCUCUUCGCGGUUCGAAAUACGAGAAAUUACCGAAGGGAUAAAAUAGGAGUAAGGGAAUCAUCAACAUAAAGAAUACGGACGAUCAAUGUUUCAAGUGGGCCGUGACGCGUGCGUUGAAUCCGGUCGAAAGAGAUCCAGGAAGAAUCACGAAGAUUCUUCGUCUUUAAGCCGAGAAAUUAAAUUGGGACGAGAUUAAAUUUCCGAUGGCAACCAAAGACAUCGUAAAAUUUGAGAAAAAUAAUCCCGGUGUAUUUAUCAACCUUUUCGGAUUUGACGAAAACUUAAAGAUUUAUCCCAAUUACAUAUCGAGAAAUCCCAAUCCCAUUAAUCUUUUGUUGUGGAACAAACAUUACGUCGUCGUGAAGGAUUUGUCGAAAUUACUCGGAAAACAGCUGAGUAAACAUAAGUGUAAAAAAUACGUAUGUGAUAAUUGUCUGAACGCGUUCGGAUCUCAAAAGUUACUGGCCGAACACGUAAAAUUAUGUUUAGAUCACGAUGCUCAGACGUGUUUUUACGCGGAACCGGGUCAGACUUUAAAAUUCAGGGGUUAUGAAAAAAAUCCACAGCGUUCCGUUCACCGUUUACGCGGACACGGAAUCUCUUUUGGAACCGUUACCUCACGACGAGAAAGAUUCGCUACAUUAUUCGAAUACGAAGAAAACCCAGAAACAUUCGGCGUGUGGAUUUGCGUAUCUGAUCAAAUGUUUCGACGACGAGAUUUACCCGCCGAAAUACGUGAGUUAUACACAACGGUACGACGGAGAAGACGUCAUGAAAAAAUUCUACGAUCUUCUCGAAUCGGACGUCAGAGACAUUCAGGAAAGAUUUAAGUUUUCCGUUCCCAUCGUCAUGUUACCGGACGACAUCGAAGAUUUCGCUACGUCGGAGACGUGUUACGCGUGCUACGGUCCGUUUACGAAGGAUAACAAAAAGGUGAGAGAUCACUGUCAUUGCACGGGCGAAUACCGCGGUGCGGCGUGUAACCGUUGUAAUUUAAGAAUGAAAAAUCCAAAAUUCAUUCCGGUAUUUUUCCAUUUUUUGGCGGGUUACGAUCACGUCGUGAAAUGUUUCGUGGCGAGCGAAAGCGACGUCGACUGUAUUGCGCAGAGGGCUGAAAAAUACAUCUCGUUCACGAAGGAUGUGGUGGUCGGGACGUUCGUGAACAAGAAGGGAGAGUUUUUUUUUUCUGUGUUGGUGUAGUGUGCUCAGGUGAAUAUGAUAUUUGUGGUGUUACUCUGAGUGUAUAUCCACACCGGACGAGCUUGAAAAAUAUGCCCGGCCACGGUGGGAUUCGAACCUACGACCUUUGGAAUACUAGCCCAAUGCUCUUCCAACUGAGCUACGCGGUCAGGACGGUUCGAAUAAGUGAUAUUCUGUUCCGAAAUAUCACUUACUCGAACCGUCCUGACCGCGUAGCUCAGUUGGAAGAGCAUUGGGCUAGUAUUCCAAAGGUCGUAGGUUCGAAUCCCACCGUGGCCGGGCAUAUUUUUCAAGCUCGCCCGGUGUGGAUAUACACUCAGAGUAACACCACAAAUGUAACAAGGGAGAGAUUAAGAAUAAGACGCGAAAAUUACGGUUUGUAGAUUCUUUUAAAUUCAUGUCGUCGUUGUUGAGAGAUCUUGUAAAAGAUUUGGGAAAGGAUGAUUUUGUGUUGACGGAUAGGAUGAUGGGAAAUUACACGGCGGAUCAACGUCAGAUGUUGAAACAGAAGGAAGCGUAUCCGUACGAAUGGAUGGAUGGAUUUUCGAAAUUUUCUGAACCGUCACUUCCGUCCAAAGAAAAAUUUUUCAGCAGUCUGACCGAUGAAAAUAUCACGGACGAAGAUUACGAGCAUGCACAAAAGAUAUGGAAGUCGUUCGGUAUGAAAACCAUGCGCGACUAUCACGAUCUGUAUUUGAAAACAGACGUGUUGUUGCUGGCGGACGUCAUGGAAAGAUUUCGCGGUAUAUGUAUGGAAAUUACGAACUCGAUCCGUCGUGGUACUAUUCGGCUCCCGGAUUGGCAUGGGACGCGUGUCUGA